UGAGGGCGGCCCCGCCGCCAGGCACCGGCCGCCAGUCCCGCCCCGCUGUCUGUCGCCGUGCCGGGCGCGGGGCGGAGUGGCGGCCGGCACAUGGCGCGCUGCGGCGGCGGCGGCGGAGCGCCGAAGGGCCCCGGCCCGGCGGCGGCGGAGCGGCGGCGGCUGAAGGAGGCGCUGGCCGAGCAGCUCCGGCAGGAUCUCGACAGGCUGCUGGCGGAGGGGACCCACUCCGACGUGACCUUCCAAGUCGGCGACGAGGAGGUGCGGGUGCACCGGGCGGUGCUGCUGGCGCGGGCGCCGCUUCUCUGCGAACGUCUGGCGGGGGGGCAGCUACAGCUGGAACCCGCGGAGUUACGGGAAUUCCUGCGGAUUCUGUAUUCAUCUGAUAUAAAUCUUAAAGAAAAUGAGGAGCUGUUUAUGAGGAAAAUACAAGAAAGCAACAAUACUACUCUUCAGAAUGCCCAAAAAAAUGUACAUUGUCUUGGACAAAGCAAAAGAACACCAGUUGACCAGAAUACUCCAAGUGGAGCUGUGCAGAAAGGAGUUGUUUGUUUGCCUGGUAUUGAGGAAGAAAUUCCAGAAACAGUCAUUGAUACAGAAAGCAACAAAGCCGCUGCAGGUCAUUCCAAAGUAGAAACCGCAUCUGUGUUAGGAGAAGACUUAUUGAUGCUCUACAAGAAGUGCUGUUGUCCAGAUAUUAAUAUUUGCGUAGAAGGCAAACAUUUUCAAGCUCACAGGGCCAUUUUAUGUGCCAGAUCUAGUUACUUUGCUGCUAUGCUGAGUGGAAGUUGGGCUGAGAGCUCUCAAGAGCACAUCACUCUUCAAGGUAUAAGCCAUGCAGAAAUGAAUGUUGUCUUGCAUUUUAUAUAUGGAGCUAUUCUGGACUUCCCAGAUGAAGUUGAUGCUGGUCACAUGUUGGGCAUUGCAGACAUGUAUGGGCUGGAUGGACUAAAAGAAGUAGCUAUCUACAUUUUGAAAAGAGAUUACUGCAAUUUCUUCCAAAAGCCUGUUCCUGGCAAACAGCAACCUGUACUAGAGUGCAUGGCUAUUGCCCAUUCAUUGGGAGUGGAAAACCUAUAUGCUGCUUGCAUGAAAUGGGUAGGAAAACAUUUUGCAAGAUGUUUUUCAGAGAAAAGCUUUGCCAAUUUACCUACUGAACUUCAGAACAAUUGUUUUGUUAUGUUGAUUAACUCUUUGACCACCGAGAAUGCUGCUUUCCGUUUGAUGGAGAGUGACCGGCUGAUCAAUAGCCUGCCCCGAGUGAAAUGGACAGAGGCAGCUGUGGCCGUGGCAUCACAGCUACAUGAGGAAUGUGUAACCUUUAUUGUUGCAAACUUCCUACAUGUAGUACAAAGUGAAGGCUUCUCUGUUUUGUUGCAGGCACAGGCAAUGAGCAGCAAACCUGACCUCCUAGAACUAAUUUUCAAUGCAAUUGAAAAAAGCAUUAAUAAUGAAAAUAGCUGCUUUCUUCUUGUAGCAGUGGAUAUGUUGUUGGACUCUGCAAACGUGAAGGAGAUGGGUUUUACGUGCGAGAUCCAGGCGCUGCGUGAUAAGCUCUGGGUCUUCCUGGUUCAGUCUUUUUAUGCUGUUCGUCACACAGAAGGCUGGAAGCUGAUGAGGCCAGACCAUCAACAGAAAAUACAAGCAGCUGCAUUUGACAAGGGUGAUGACCGAAGACUUGGCAAAAAACCUGUAUUCACCAGUUCUCAGCUAAAUAAAACUACUACGGCAUCUGUUGGUAUAAGGAAUACUUCCUGGGCAGAACACAGCAAGAAAGAUUGCUUGGGAGAUUCUUCCACUAAUCGGGAUAAAAUGAAAUCUGAUGGAUUAGGAGCAUCUGGACAUGCAUCCACCAAUAGAAACACUGUUAAUAAGACUUCAAAGCAUGAGGAUGUAAAGGGGAAAGAUGGCAAAAAAUUAGUUUCCAAGAUUACUAAGGAUUCCAAACCUGGGGAAAAAGCUGCUCUGCCAAAGGCUAGAGCUGUUAUAAAGACAAAAAUAGAAAAUAAUGGAAAUGUGAAGGCUGAAAGCAUGCUUACCAAGCAAGAUAUAGAAAAGACAUCAUCUGCAAGUGGACAAAAAAAUUCAGGAAGCAGCAAAGGACUAAGGAACCAUGAAGGAAAAGUUGCAGGUGCCAGACCUAAAGUGCUGACAGUAACCUCAAGCAUGCAGAACAAAACAAAGCCAUUGAAAAAAACCACAGGGAAGGAAUCUCCCUCCUUGGUGACUGUGGCAGCAACUUCAAGCAAGUCAGCAAAUUCAAACAUGGACAUCCAGACUGCGAGUGAACAGACAGAGGAACGCAAAGAGGAUAAAUCUGUUGAGGAGGGGAAAAAACAGACUGUAGUGAAAACAAAGGUAUCUGUGAAGGUAUCAAAUGGAGUCACCACCAAAAAUAAAAAGACUGAGCUUGAGGCUAAUGCCACAACAAGCAGUCUGGCAAAAAAACCAACAGGAAAAGGGUGUAAUGAGCAAAAUGUACAAGCUGUUCUAAAGAAAAAAGGGAAUGUGAGUAUGAAUUCUGCAGCACAGCAAAAGACUCAAAACACACCUACCAAUUCUCCCAAGAACCAAGGACCUCAGGGGGAAUCACCAAAUUCACUGAAACCAGGAAUGUCUCCAAAACAUAAUGAAGAAAAAAACAUGUUACAACACCUGGUUCAGACAACAGUCCCAGAAAAACAUUCUUCAGCUAAGAAGAAGAGUAUUAAACAAUCACAAACACCUGUAACAAAAGCCUCUUCAAAAGUAACACCUAAGACUCUGGCUCCAUCAAAGAAUGCUGAGAUUACGAAUAGUAAAGACGCGAAACAGAAAACAGCUGCAUUAAAAUCUCAGUCCUCUGCCCAGAAGCAUUCAAGGAGUGAUUCUCCUGUUGUCCAAAAGAAUAUGCACACCUCUGAGCACAGAAGUUCAGGACAGAAACUUGAGAAAAAUACAGCUGAUGCUGUGGCAGAUCAGCUUCAUGACAAUAAUGAAUGCUAUUCUGCAAAUGAAUCUUUAAAACCUGCCACAGAAAGUAGCAGAGAUAAUAAAUUGCUGGAGUCCUGUCAAUCCAAUAGACAAAAAUUACCAGAUUCUUCUGAAACUGUGCAAUACAAAAUACAAUCCGAAUCUUCUUCUCCUCAAAUUGCAGAAGAAACUAUUUAUAAACUGAAUGUUUCAAUACAAAAUGACAUGGAAAUAAGACAAAUCUAUGGAGAUCAGACUGGAAUUAGAAAGACUGAAGAUCCAGAGAAAGAUGAUAAUACAGCUGAAUUUCACUGUCAUGCACAGUCUUCCAAUGGUGGAUAUUCAGACUUUUCCAAAGAAACCAAUCAAAAGACGAUUGUUUUAGGAGAACUGGUAAAAGAUUCAAAAGCAACAAAAGUCUGUAAUGAACAGAGUGAUAAAAUAAACUCUGAAACAGAUCAUAACUAUGGUGAAAAUGCUUUGUCAAGCUUUUCCCAAGUAACCAAUAAAGAUGAUGAGACAUCAUCUUCUCAGAUCCAUGUGGAAGGAUUUCUUACAGUUGAUGAACUGUGUGAUACAUCAGCCUUGACUGAAUAUAAAUCAGUUGCAACAGAUUUAGAUGAUGUUUCAGAAUGUUCCACAGAACAAAUAACAGAAAAAUAUUCACCUAAUUACACAGAGCUUAUAGAGCCUAUGGAAAUGCCAGAAAACCAUGAAAAUGAAGAAAUUCCUUUUGUGGACCAUUGGAGUACUGGUGCUGUAGAUCCAAAAGAGAGUCCUGAAUCCGAUACUGGCAGUGCAACCACAUCCUCUGAUGAUAUAAAACCAAGAUCAGAAGAUUAUGAUGCCGGAGGCUCUCAGGAUGACGAGGGAUCCAAUGAACGAGGGAUUUCUAAAUGCAGUACUAUGUUAUGUCAUGAUUUUCUUGGAAGAAGCAGCAGUGACACAAGUACACCUGAGGAAUUAAAAAUUUAUGAUAGCAGCCUAAGAAUAGAAGUGAAAGUGAAGAAAGAGGGUUCUGAUGUCUUUCGUGUUAAUUCAACAAGUGAUGAUGAAAUACCAAGAAAAAUUUGGUCCCAUCAAGAGAGUUCACGGACCACUACUAGAGAAAGCAAAAGUUCUACUUUUGGUAGUGCACAGUUCACUCAGGAAGCAGACCAAGUUUCUUCUUCUGCUGAUGAAACAGAAGAUGAUAGAUCUGAAGCAGAGAACAUUGCAGAAAACUUUCCCCCGUCAAAUGUUCCUACUCAGCCGUUCCAAGGAAUUGAUAAUUUAGCUUUUGAGGAUGCAACUGAAAAUGAUACUGCAAGUCAGGAGUUCUCUAAAGCUAAAAAUUUCAAACGCUCUGUUUUACUUUCAGUAGAUGAAUGUGAGGAAUUGGGAGCUGAUGAUAAAGUGGAAACUCACACUUCACGUCAGCGCUCAAUAGAUUCUCUUACUCCUUCAGAAGUAUUUGACAGUGUUUCUCAAGAGCACCACGGAAUGACAUUUUAUUCAAGAUACUCAUUGGAAACUGAAGAGGGAUUCCUGGAUGGCAAACAGCAAAAGGAUAGAGACAAUAGAUUGGAUAAAAGUGGAAGUUCUGUCCUGCAUCUUCACAGUACUGAAAUCCCAGGAAAGGAGAAUCAAGGUGCUUCAAUGACUGAACAAAAUUGCCCAGAGAAAGUAUAUUCAGCAGAUAGUCCACAUCCAGGAGGAAACCAGCAAGUAAAUAUGAAAAAUGAGGUUGCUAGUGAAUUUCACACAUGCAAUAAGUACUUAGACAAUGAUGCAAAAUCUCAAGAAAGACCAUGUCAUCUGGAUCUUCAGCAGAGAGAAACUAAUUCUGAUGUGCAAAAGAGCAGCUCUGCAAAACCUGUAGAAGCCAGUAACAAUCAGAUGCUGACUCAAGAAAGUCAAGUGAGAGACAGUCAACCAGCAACUACUGAAUGCGCUAAUACUGAUUUACUUCCAGGAGACAUAGAUGAUUAUGACACAAUGGCACAAACCUGCAUGUAUGAACAUCGGCCUUCAAAAACCCUUUCUCCAAUAUACGAGAUGGAUGUUGGAGAAGCAAUUGAGCAGAGGAUGGAUUCAGAAACAGCAGUUCUAGAGAUGGAUUUUGAAGAUCAACAGUUUGCAGAACAGGACUGGACUCUACUCAGGCAAUUGUUAUCUGAGCAGGACUCAAAUAUAGAUUUCAAAAACUCUCUUCCUGAAGACCUUAACUUAGCACAAUGUCUUAUCAAUCAGACACUGUUUCUGGCACGCGAUGGUUCAAAUCCUCAGGGUACCUCACAAGUUGACACAUUCAGUAGGUGGACUGAACUCAUGUCUCCACUUGACGACUCCUCAGCAAGCAUUACAGUGGCAAGCUUUUCAUCUGAAGACUGUUCCUCCCCUCAAGGGGAAUGGACAAUUCUUGAACUGGAAACCCAUCAUUAAGGUUUCACCUGUUUGCAACUGAACUCCAUCCAACCCAUUCCUCAAAUCUAUUUUUGAUGAGUUGUUUCCAUACCAUAAUGAAAUACUGCAUCAGUCAAGAACGAGCAAUUCUUGAUACUGAGGCAAUCUUUCUGAUAAAAUGAGGUAAAUAUGUUAACUUAUCAUCUAGAUUUAAUCACAAGUACAGUAAUUUUUCAAGACUUAAAUAUAUGUCUUUUCUAAAAAUGAACUUGAGCAUGUAUUUUCUAGAAUUGUUAGAAAAACUAGAUGACAUGAAAGAAGAGUCUGGGUUUCUGCCCUCUCUUUUAUCUUCUUUUUUGACAUUUAAUGUUCUCAUUGAUCAAAAAUUUAAAGAUGAAUGCACUAUAGUAGACCUAUUCCUCUCCUUCCCCCCUGCCCCAAUAUGGUGACUUCAUUUAACAACAAUAAAGAUUCAGAAUGGUUGUGUCAAAAGGUGAUGUGUGCCAACACUACUUUAAAUGACAGAAAAACAUAAUUUUAUUCAAAGAAAAUGUUUCAAUCUGAAUCUGCCUUAGGCCUUAUUAAUAUGAGCAGCUUGUUUCAUUUGUUUCUUCCAGAUUUGAUUUUUGUAUUUUGGUUUGUUUUACUUAGGUGCUUCCAAUAAAUUUUUUUAAUUGCCUUUUCUUCAAAUAUAAGACUUCAGAGGGUCCGUGCUGUAUGAAGACCACUGUUUCUUUCAUGAAAAUGCACAUAUUUAAGUAAAUAUUUUUAAUUGCAUAGUGCAUGAAUGUAAAGGAGUUGGUAGAAUGUUGCUCCUGCUCUAAGAAACAGCAUGUCUGAUGUCUCCAAAAGUACAUCUGCAUCUGAAGUUGUGGUCAUUGUUACAUCUGAAGUCUGAUUUUAACUAGAAUUAACUUCAGGCAUUAAUUAAUUACACUUGCAUGUUCUCAUGCUGAAGUAUAGCAAGAUUCUCAGGAAUUUGGUUUUGUGUGUUUUCCUAGAUGCCACAUUUUUGGGAGUGAUAAUAGGAUUAUUGCAUUUUCAUUAUUAUCUCUAGCGUAGCUUUCAUAAAUUAAGACUAAAUGUCACCAUAACGUUUCUUUUGACUCAGUUAAAUAGGAUAUAAAGAUAAUUUUGCUGUUUGUGGCUCUUUUCGGAUUGACAGGGGAGGAAGGAGUGAGAAACUUUUUGUAAUUCUUACCUAGUCAGAAAUAUACAGGGUUUUUUUCCCUGCAGAGAUUGGACCCUCUUAGGAUAUCUGCAUUAUGGAAACAGUAGCGCUUGUCUUUCACACAGCUUAAAAUCGAAAAAGGAAUUAUUCUACCUCCUCUCAGUCAUUAACAGAAGUGCCUUCAGAAGUGGGUGCUAUAUAGGAUUAAAAAGCUACUAAUAUUCUAUUUUGGUUGAAGCUAUAGAGUACACAGCUUAAGCUGACUGUAACCACUGAUAACAUGGUCAGUUCUGCAAGCUUUUGCACAAUUCCAGCAGUGCACCUUACCUUGACAAACUUCAUUUAUUUUUGUUCAUAGUCAGAAACUCAGUUCUGCCCUAGCAGAAAUUAUGACUUUGGAUUUGACAGAAUAAAGAUCUUUGAGGCAAAAUAAUUUAUCUAGCAAAGCACUUUGCUGAAUUUCUGGUACAAAAGUAAAAAUAAUGUUUUAUUCUCAAAAUGAAUUGAGGAAGAAAUUUAUCUUGUUCCUUAAUAUCAAGGUAAGGAAAAAAAAAAGGAAAACCUUCCUUUCUGUCAGUGGAAGACUCUAAACUCGUGGAAGGAAGAUGUUCAGUCUCAUCAUAAAAAUCUUUCAUCUGCUCUUUUAGCAGCAGGAUAAAUAGUCUGAGAUAUUGCAAUUCAAAAUGUUAUAAAUUUAAUACUCUGUAUUUAACCCAGUCUUCAUAUGGUGGGAGUUAGAACCACCUUUAGAAGUGCAAAACAUCAAGAAAACCUGUUUUUUCACCUUCAGCAUUUACAAAGUACAUCAGUAGGUGAUAAUCUUUUGGGUAAAAUAGAGAACUAUAGCAGUGGCCAUAGUAAAAGAUGAAGCUCAAGAGAAGCUCUUACAGAAGGCUAAGGAAUAGUGGUUUUUAAUGUCUGUGUAAAGCAAGAAGUGACAGAAAGUGAAAGAAGGGAUCCUUUCGUCUAUUUUUCGCUUUGCCCAUAUUUUUAACUGAAUUGAUAAAGUGACACUGAAAAUUGACACAAAAUUUCAAGCUUAUUGUAUGAAAGACAAUCACAUAUAGAUUUUUUUUAAAUUGUGGUUUUUGUCUUUGCAUUUACUUUUUCAUCUGUAUCAAAAUUAAAUUAUCAAGUCCCCAGUGAUAUUGUUGCAAUUCCUUUAACAGUUUUGCAGCAGACCACUGAUUAGGAUAUGGUAUUGUUCAGUUGGUGCAGAGGCAGCAAUAGAAUUCAGCUUCCCACAGCCAAAUAGUGUCUGCAGGAGUAGCAGCAAUAGAAAGUGGUAUUGUUUUUCAUUCACAUUACUAGAGUGCCUGUGAGGCUUAAUCAGACCAGUAUCCCACUGGCUAGACAUUGUACAAACAAAGAGCGACAACAAAGACUUCCCACAAAGUGGUUGGAAUCCAAGAUAAGACAAAAGACAAAAAAAAAAUGCACAUGAAUGGAAAAGUAAAAUGAGAGUGUCAAUAUUUGUCUAGCUGAUUAGCAAUGGCUUCAGCACAUCAUCAGUUUAAAUAGCCAUUUUUUUCUCCUGUAUGCGUUAUGACAAGGAAAAACUUUAGGAUGGGGCUGGAUAGUGAGGAACUGGAAGAAUGUAUAUUCCUGACCAGCCUUAUGUGCUGCCUAAACUGUUUCACUCUGACCUCUUUCAGGAGAAUGUUCAAGCUUUAAGCCAGGUGUAGUUAGCUAUUUGUUUAAUAGUAUCAGUCACCUGAGUUCUUUGGAGUCCUUUUCAUACCUCCUGGCAGUGAUUUCAUCACUGUAUUCACCUCUUCUCCAAAACAGGAGAGAAUGGAUACAGGUUUGUUUGAAAACUCCAUAGAGAAACAAUCAAAGGCAAUGAGGACUCCAAGUGAUUAUGAGAUCCUGAAAGAACUCUAAAGCAAAGACAAGGUAGAUAGAUGCAUCUGAGGAAACAGUGAAGGGGUGUCAGUGAGGAAACUAAAAAGAUGGCACAGUCAGAAUACUGCCCUUGCAGUAGUAUUUUGAAUAAGAGCAGUGAAAUUGCUUUGUCAAAGCCUGAGAAGACCAGGUUGCAUUUAACAGGUGCAAGUGACAGCUUAUCUGAGACUGUUCUGUGACUGGGCACAGAUGUCUGUAUCCUACAGAGAGUAACACCACAUUUGGUAACUAUCAGUGAAAUUUAAAGUAGAGGACUUGGCAAUCAGUCUCAGAUAAUGACCCUGAUUUGGCCUACCUUAACAGACAUGUUAUGAAAGUGAAAAAUAAGGAAAGAUGUUUUACAUGUAUGAAUGUAUUAAAAUUUUAAAAAGACUAGACCUCCAAAAGUGGUAUCUGUGGGCAUAAUUACUUUUUUCCCACUUGGAAAGUUUGAGUCUAAUCUGGACUGGAGAAGCAGCUCUGCAGGGUGUUUACAUACAGUAAUAGCUAAAAUUGUAUUUGUGGAGUAAGUCACCUACAGACAUACUGCAGACAGAAAAGGGAAGGCCAGAUGCUUGGAACUGUACAAGGAAGUGAGGAAGGGGGAAGUUCUUCCAAAUAAUCUAUUAAAAAUAAAUUAGGGAAGCAAAGGAAAUAAAAUAUGGAGGCAAAAGUCAAAUGAGGAUGAGAGGAUUUAAGGAAAACUGCACCACUGGCUUCACUGAACAUAGCCCACAAGGCAAAGGAGUAUAAAGUACCAGUUUUGAGGUUGAUUAGGAAAGUGUUCCUAGGGGCUAUGGUCAAAAUGAGAGAUUGGCCCACAGAGUCAAAGGCAACAGACACCAGUUUGGUAGAGCCUGACAGAACUGCAGGAAGGAAACUGAGCCUAACCACUAAAAGAAAAACAACAGUUAGAAAAUCAGAUCAGUUAAUAAUAUAUUUUGGUUUGCUUUUUUCAAUGCAUGAGAUUUUACCAUGUUUAUGUAGUGUAGCAAAAGAAAUGCAGAGACUGAGACAUACAGUGAAGAUCAGAAGAGAUAAGUAAGCAUGAAAUGAGAUCAGCAGGCAGUCUGGACUGCUACAAGUGAUCAGAUAAGUGCAUACAAAACCCAGACAUCUGCUUUUGUGGUACAGGGUAAUGGAAAGGGCACUUCAUAAAUGCUUAAGUUUUUCCUUUAGAAAAGCUCCCUCCAGAAUCAAAGAAUUAUAGAAAAUCAUAGCAAUACAGGAAAAUGUAGGCGUGAACUGACCUCUAAAGGUCUGUUGUCCAACCUCCUACUAAAAGUAGGGGUAACUUCAAAGUUAGAUGGGUUCUUAGGGCCUCAUCAGCAUCCAUAGCAUAUAAAAUAAUAAUAAAGUCAGCAGGCAGAAACACAGUGCUCAUGGGAAACAGAUAUUUGAGAUUAAACUAUUCUCAUUAUAAUAAAACUACUUUGUGUGUCAUUAGAAAAUAAUUGAGUACAAGAAAUAAUUGACUACUGCUAGCUUGCAAUAUUUGUAAAUUCUGGAUGAUACAUUACUGAAGUGUACGUGUUUAAUAAUUUUAUUCUAUACUUUUAAGGUUUUACAUUAUUUCGAAAUUAUACUCAAUUUUUGAGCUAGCAAUUUUUAUUAUUUUUUCAGAAGAACUAGGGCUAGAGAAAUUCCUAUGUUUCUCACAAAGACUGUCCCCUAGGCUGUGUUCCCCUGGCAUUGUCUAUCAGUUUGUUUCAGGGAAUAUGUUAAAAAAAAAUCACAUACCUGUUCUAGGUACAUGCUGUAGGACACUAUAUAUAUUUCAAUAUAUAUUAUUGCCAUCUGGAAAAUAAUAAGUAGCAUGCUCAUUCUACUUUGCUCCAGAAAACCUAAACCUUUGCAUGAAGGAAUUAAAAACUGCUCUUAUGUUGUUCAUCUGUUGCUGAGAACCAAGAUAUUUAGGAAUUCAUUAUUUUGCUUUCACUAAUGUCAAAAAAAUCCUCUCGUUGACCUCAGCUGAGUGAGGUUCAGGGCUUGUCUAUAUUAAUGCAUGUACUAGAAAUGCUAUUUUUCCAAUAUAUAUAUUUCAUAGUUUUCUAGUUUUAUUUUACUAAUAACAUUGUACAAUUGUAGGUAUGACAAAUUACAGCUAGAAAGACUUCAAUUUAGGAGUCAUAAUUGUAUGCAUUCUGUUAAUAUUUCAUGACUGGGGUGAUUUAACAUUUGUACAUUGAUGGAUGACAUUCUUGCCAGAACUACAUAGGAACUGAGGACAAAAGAUAAAAUUAGAAGUAUUGCAGCUUUAUUACAACAGAUGAUUCUGUGGAAAUGGGCUUUUAGAUCUGAAAUCAAAUAUAAUUAGAAGCUUUCAGCUCUUGCAGAAAAUCCAUACUGAUUUUCAUCUUUCUCUCUUGAACAAAAGCUAUAUGUGUUUCUUUAAAUAAGAUUUAAUGUUCAACAUUAGAGAAAUGACAACUCAAAUGUCUUUUUUAGCUAAUUUAAAACUUCGCUUCUUCCUAUUGACAACUACUGUGUGUUUAAAUAAACUAAACCUGUAACAGAGAAAAGUGAUUUAUCUAAAAACUGGAUAUCAACUGGGGAAAAACAGUGAUUUUGGUAAUUUCUUUGGGUUUUUUACAUUUGGUAACUAAAACCAGAAGAAGCUAUACAGAGCAGGCGUGCAUACACACCUAUUUCUUGCAUUUGACCUUCCUUUCAUACUUCUCUUUGCAAUCUGCACUGUACAUUCCAUUAAGCCACAGUUCUGCAAAUACAGAAGUGAAUCCACAGCCACAUCUGCAGAUUAGCUUUUAGUUUAACAUUCUCUUUUCAGAGAGGGUAAUGGAGCUGACACUGGGGGCAGGCACUGUGCAUACUUGUGUUUUUAUACAGUACUCAACUUAAUGAGGUUCUAAUCCUGAUGAACCAUCUAGAUGCAGUUAAAGUAUGAAAUAAUUAUUAAUGGAAUUCCAUUAAAUUCCUUCCUUGUUCUCCUUAAAUGAUUGCUCAGAAGAUCGUCCAGUUAGAGAAAUCAAAGUCCUAAGAACCUAACUUUUUGCAUUACAUGCAACAGAAGUUCUGUUUUGCACUGUAAAAUAUGAAUACAUGUCUUCAAUAACUCAAGCCUCAAUAUCUGGAGGGGCUGACUAUAACUCAGUAAUUAGAUACAUUUAACAAGGACACCGAUGGUUAAAAUAGGGUUUGUAUACUUAGCGAUCAUGACUAUUAACUGGACUAGAGUGUGUAUUCUGGUGCACCUGAACAGAGGGACACCUGCACAAAAUUGGCACUCAGUCUAAUUAUCCAGGGUCCAUCAUACUUCGUAUUUAUGCACCCAAGUGACAGUGACUACUCUUUCUCAGCUCCUACUGAAGUUAGUGGUAUCAGAUGCACAUUUAUAAAGAUCACAUUAUUUAUGUGUCUGGACAGAAAGACUAGCUAUUGGAGUAAAAAUUUUGGCACAUGUACCUUAAAUGUAUAAAACAUUUUUGAAACUGAUCUCACCAACUUAUUUUAACCUACAAUAUCCUCACCUAUGCAAUCCUUAAAGUAGGAAUUCUUGCCAUUUUCUUACAGUUGUGCUUAAUUAAAUAAUUUUCAUUCUUCACUCUUUUUAAUAACCCUCUUUUGAGUGUGGCAUGACAUCCUGCCAGUAGAGUUAUCAUCAGUGUGCUUAAGAUCAAUACAGAUAGGACAAACUCUGUGUACAUGCCAGAUUCAGUGUAGGUAGUGAAAAAGCUUUUUGUGACUUUCAUAAAUUGCAAUAUCCACAAACAAGAGAUCCACCUCUAAGUCAAACUUCCUGCCUACGACAAAAUCUCCUCCUGUAUCUGUAGAGAAAAAACCCUUCAAUCUCUAUUUUCUGGAUUGUCAUGUUCUAGCAAGCAAGAUUAAUCUAUGUAUAAUGGGAUGCAGAUAAAGAAAGUCUCUACCUGUAGUCCAUGGCUUUAUGGUCCUGGAAUAUUUUGACCUCUCAGUCCUGUGGAGGGAAGGGGAGGGUGUUAAGCUCUCAAACCGAAUGCUUGCAUGUUUCCCACCCGCUUGCUUUCCACACCUAGGUAACGAGCUGGGGCCUAAGUAAUCCUAUUUUGAGAAAAUAUUUCUUGUCAACAUAGUGUUCUGUUUCAGGAAUAUCUGUAUGGUUGCAUAGCCCCACAACCCUUCUUCCCCAUGCUACAUACUGAAGGUUCUUAAUUGAUUUCUGUAUGACAGAAAAUAAUAAAUCCUUCAUGUAAGUUAA